AUGGAAUUGAAUUCUUCUAAUCCAUCGCUUCAUGUAGUUUUAUUUCCGUUCAUGUCAAAAGGUCACACUGUGCCGAUUCUUCAUCUUGCUCGCCUCCUCCUCCGCCGUCCGAACGUCGCUGUCACCUUCUUCACCACUCCAGGGAACCGCUCCUUCAUUGCUGAUCAGUUUCUCAGUGACACCACCGUCUCCAUAAUCGAUCUCCAUUACCCAGAAAAAAUCCCGGAAAUCCCAGCCGGUGUCGAAAGUACUGACAAACUUCCCUUCAUAUCACUGUACGUUCAAUUCGCUGAAGCCACGAAACUCAUGCAACCAGCCUUCGAACUGAAGCUUCAGAGUCUGCCUCCUGUCAGCUUCAUGGUGUCCGACGGGUUCCUCUGGUGGACCUUGGAGUCCGCUUCGAAAUUCGGUUUCCCGAGGUUUGUGUUUUAUGGCAUGGGAGCUUAUGCAAUGAGUGUAUCGAAAGUUACAAUGGAAAAUCGUGUAUUGAUUGGAGUUGAGAAAGAUGGUGAGAGAGUUGAGAAAGAUGGUGAGAGAAUCACGCUGCCUCAUUUUCCCUGGAUUAAGGUUUGUAAAAGUGAAUUCGGAGCGAUGUUUUCGGAUCCUGAACCCAAGGGUCCUGAAUUUGAGUUCACACUAAAGCAUCUAAAAGCGGCAUCAAAUAGUUAUGGCAUGAUUGUCAAUAGCUUUUACGAGCUGGAACCUGUAUUCGUUGAUUACUAUAUCCGCGAGGCAAAACUGAAGGCAUGGUGUGUCGGACCCGUUUGCCUUGCUGAGCCACCGGCGAUAAAUGAAACGAAAACACGUCUGAAACCUGCAUGGAUUCAAUGGCUUGACGAAAAGCUUGAGCAGGGAAGCUCGGUUCUAUACGUUGCAUUUGGGACGCAAGCAGAGAUUUCACCCGAUCAAAUCAAGGAAAUAGCAAUGGGGUUGGAAGAAUCGAAGGUGAACUUCUUGUGGGUGAUACGAAAUGAUGAAACAGAAGUGGAAGAAGGGUUUGAAGAGAAGGUUAAAGAGAGAGGAAUGGUGGUAAAAGAGUGGGUGAAUCAGAGGGAAAUAUUGUUGCACGAAAGCGUGAAAGGAUUUUUAAGCCAUUGUGGAUGGAACUCGGUGUUGGAGAGCAUAUGUGCUGGGGUUCCGAUUCUUGCAUGGCCGAUCAUGGCGGAGCAGGCAUUGAAUGCAAAGAUGGUUGCGGAGGAGAUAAAAGUGGGGUUGAGAGUAGAGAGCUGCGACGGAUCAGUUAUGGGAGGUUUUGUGAAGUGGGAAGAGUUGGAGAAGAAGGUAAGGGAGUUGAUGGUAGGAGAGAAUGUUAAAGAGUUGAGGAAGAAGGUGAAAGAGUUAUCAGAGGGGGCAAAGAAAGCCAUGGAGGAGGAGAAAGGUUUGUCUUGGCACACAUUAGAUACGCUCAUUGCUGAAGCAUGCAAUUUUCAGCAAAAUGUCAUCAAGGAUUGA